AUGCAGUGCAUUCGUUAUCCCGCCAUUGUGGCCCUCGUGGCAUUGGUUCUGUGCGGUCCAGGUGUUUCCUCUCAGCUCGACAGAGACCAGGAGCAGUAUCAGAACCAGGACCUGGACCUGGAGCUGCGUCACCACCGACUGCUGCAACGAGCACGCAGCGCUGGACUCCUGUCACAGGACUGGAGUAAACGUGCAGUGGAAGACCUGCUGGCUCAGAUGUCUCUGCCAGAGGCCGAAGCACAGCGUGAAGCUGAGGUUGUUUCCAUGGCAACAGGAGGAAGGGUGAACCUGGAGCGGUCCGUCGAGGCCCCUAACAACCUGCCCCCCCGUGAACGCAAAGCCGGCUGCAAGAACUUCUACUGGAAGGGCUUCACUUCCUGCUAA